UUUAAACUGGCUUUAUGAGUGAGAGAAUUUCUUCAUCUACCAUCACUUUUGGAUCAAUUCUUGGUCGAUGUUUUGCUCAGUUGUGGAUAUAACAUGAAUCAGUCAAGAUUAGUUCUUCUGGUCAUUGUUGCCAGCCUGGCACUUGUGUCUUCACAAAAUGACGAGUUUGAAGACACGUUUGACGACGACUUUGAUCAAAACGCUGAAGAUCCUUUACCCAACGAUUCUUCCGAUGAUUAUGGUGAUGCCAUUGCUGUUGAUGCCGAUGAUGCCGAUGAUGAUGAUGAUGGUGACGAGAAGCACGGUCCAGGCCUAUCAUGUGCCUAUUGUAAUUGCCUCCGGUCACGCGUUUGUCGGUUGAGGUGUCCACGCCAAUGUUUCGACGGAGGAUCUGGUGGAGGAGGAUUUGGGCCUGGCGGUGGGAAUAUAUUCCAGUAUUGCCUUGUAUGCUCUUGUGCUGAAACGCAGUGCUUUAUUAAUUGCCGCCAAUGUUCAUUUGGAGGAGGUGGAUUUGGCAGCGGUGGCGGUGGGGUUGGUGGCCUCGGUGGAUUUUUCGGCAGUGGAUUUGGAUUUCAGGACGGCGCCGAUAAUGAUGAGUCCAAUCGAGAGGCUUAAUUAAGAAUGGACCCUAUAAGAUAUAUUUGGCGUGUGCUUCGUUCGAGAAAAGCAUGAUUACAUUUUAAAACGGGACUCAAGGUGCUCAGUAUUGUUUGAACAAGAAGAAAUGGUUUUAAAAGCUCAAAAAAACAUCAAACCCA